GCGGCACAAAGGAGCAGGUUGGGUAAAGCUGCUUUUUAAGUAUCACUUCAUAUUAUUAUGCAGUGUAAAAAUUUAAAUGAGAUUAAAAGGUUCUUUGAUCAUAUCUGUCAUCAGCUGUUAAAAAUAUAUAUAGAAUUCUUAGAGAAGUGAACAUGGCAAGCAAAUAUUUUGACGCAAAUUAUUUCGAACGGUAAACGGUAAAGUCGUUUAUGCUGUGUAAAGAUGGUUGUUGAUAUUUCGCGCCAUGCGAUCGAAUUUAAAUUCUAGUAACCAGUUAUGGAACUUAUGCAAAUGAGCAGUGAGCCCCGAUCUGAUUUUGCUCCCAGUAAUUCCCCUGCACCAUGGUUUAAAAAAAGGAUUACAGUUAUUCUUAUUGGAGCUGCACUGAUACUCGCCCUGGUUGCAUUUAUUGUAGCGGGCUACUUUACUGGCACAUCAGGAUAUCGGCAUACAGGUGAUACACUUGAAAGUGUUGAACUUGAGGCUCCAAAGAAAGUUCUUCCUAAUAUUAAAUGGGAAGGAGUAUGCCCACAGAAAACUUCAAAAUGCCCUGUAAGUUUUCGUGGAAUACCUCCAUUGCUGGUGAUUUCUCUUGAUGGAUUUCAUCCGGAUUACCUAAAGAGAGGUUUCACACCCACACUAAAAAAUAUCGCUCAGUGCGGUGUGAAGGCAGAUUUUAUGUAUCCCGUUUUUCCAUCUAAAACAUUUCCAAACCAUUACAGCCAAGUUACGGGUUUGAAUCCACCAUCUCAUGGAAUUAUUGAUAAUUCUAUGUAUGAUCCUUUUACGAGAAAAUUGUUUAAAGUUGGGAAGCCUGAAACGCUGGAAUCUUUCUGGUGGGAGAAGGAACCAAUAUGGAUAACUGCUGAGAAACAAGGUAAAAAAGCUGCUUGUUUUUUUUGGCCUGGCUCAGAUAUAAAAAUCAAUGGCAGCUUACCUUCUUACUUCAAAAAGUACAGUUCGAAAAUAACUUUUGAAGCUAGAGUUGAUCAAAUUUUGGAGUGGCUGGAUCUUUCACCAGAAUCUCGACCCAGUUUUCUUACUUUGUAUGUCAACCAACCUGAUAAUGCAGCUCAUUUUUAUGGUGUGAAUUCAAAACAGACAAAUGAUGCUUUAGCAAAAGUAGAUCAAAUGAUAAGACGGUUAUAUUCUGGAUUGCAACAAAGGAACCUUAUUAACUGUGUUAAUGUUGUAAUUAUUUCAGAUCAUGGUAUGUCUGAUAUUAGUUGCAAAAGAGUUGUUGAUAUUCAGGAUUACAUGAAUGUUUCUGAUCUUUAUGCAACUAUGGGUCCUUUUGGAAGACUAAGGCCAAAAGGAAGAAGAAAUACAACUGCAGUGAAUGAAGUGAUUUCUAAAUUGCGUUGCAGAAGUAACCACAUGAGAGUUUAUGCUAAAGAACAGUUACCAGUUAGAAUGCAUUAUGCUGACAAUACAAGAAUUGAGCCCAUAUUUUUAGAUAUAGAUGCUGGUUGGACAGUUGUUAGUAAAAAGGUGAAACCCGGUGAUGAAAUAUGUACUGGAGGAGCUCAUGGUUAUGACAAUUUUUUCCCAGACAUGCGAGCUUUUUUCGUGGCUAGUGGCCCAUCUUUCAAAACAAAUUUAACUAUUAGACCUUUUAUAAACACAGAGUUAUAUGAAUUAUUUACUGAAUUAAUUCAUGUGGUUCCUCAACCAAAUAAUGGUACCAGAGGGAGCUUACAUCACAUUUUAAAAUCUCCUCCUCCACUUCCUCCUCAAUUUGAACCUGAUGCACCAACAACUGGAGAUAUUCCAAAAGAUGAGAUGGAGUAUAAUUUCAGAAUUACUGCUUCUAAUUGUUCUUGUGCUCAGCCUCAUAAGCAAGUUGAAGUUAAAAACGUCAAUGAAAUCCAUCAUCUAUAUUUACCAUUUGGAGUUCCAUAUAGUUUUCAGGACAACAGUACUCUCCGUCUCUUAUACAAUAAAGAUUAUAUCACUGCAUUUGACUUGAAAUUUCGCUUACCUAUGUGGACAGCAUUUACUUUAAGUGGACAGAAAAAUAUCAGCAAGUUUGAAGAUGUUUGCUGGAUGGGUGAUGCCCGAAUUCCCAUUAAUGAUGUGCCACAAUGCGGAGAAUAUAAUACAUCUUUUGUUAAGAACCAAUAUAUUCUUCAAAGACCUUUAUACCCUCCUGAAUUUUCUAAUGCCAGUGUGAGAGAUGAAGCAACUUUUGUAACAAAUUCAGUUCCAAAAUCUAUGAAUCACUCAAAAAUAUUAGAAAAGAAAUUAAAUCAAAUUCUUAGCCAGUGGGCACGAGAACAAGGUCAGCUGAAUGUCAUCAUGGGCCCUGCAUUUGAUCUUCAUGCUACUGGCAUGAGACCUGCUGUAGGAAAUAUAAGGAAGUAUGGAAAGCUUGGGCCAAUUAUUGUACCAACUCAUAUAUUUGUUGUAGCAACAUGGUGCUCCACAAAAGCAAUACCUUUAAAAGACUGCAGUCCAUCAAAGUUAGAAGCUCAUGGUUUCCUUUUACCAAAUUAUCCAUACACGCAAAACUGUGAAUCUGCAGCAAGUGUGAUUGGAAAAAAUGUUGCCCGUGUCGUUGAUGUUGAGAAUUUGACUGGACUUUCUUUCUACACUGGGCUACCAAUAUAUGAUGCAAUACGCCUUCGAACCAUGAUGCCUGAAAGAUCUAUUUCUUAAACUCUUGACCCUCAGUGAGGAGUUUUAAGCAUAUCAGUGGAAGUGGCUUUACACAGAAAAUGCAAUUAAAUCACAAUAUAAAUCUUUCAAUUUAUAUCGUUUAAAAAUUCUAAAAGUAAUAUAGCAUAACACAGCAUUUAUAUGUUUGCUAUAAAUAAUAAUGUGUCACUGAGAAUUAUUAUACUUCUUUUUACUCAAAGCGGGGGGAAAAAGAGGUGUAUGAUUAUGUAUAUUUAUUUGUCAUGCUAUGCAGUUUAGAAAUUAAUUUUAAAUCUGUACUUAUCUUUUCUGGCACAUUUUAAAAGUAUUAUUUUAUCAUAAUUUUUUAUUUUCAAGAUAUGUUUAACAAUUUUAAUCUGAUUAAUUAUUUGGUGUGAAUAUUAGCAAGUUAUCUUUGCUUCUAAAUUUGAAUUAUUCAAAGUUAUAACAACAAUCCUUUAUUUUGAAAUAAAUGAAAAAUACUUAAUCUAUCAAAAAAUGAUUUUAUCAGAUGUGCCUUGAGAAUAAUAUUUUUUGUUAGUUGAUAAAUUUGAAAUUAUUGAAAAAUAUUUUCUGCAACUAUUUUUUAGAAUACUUUAUUCUAUGAAAGCGAUUAUGUAGUUAACAUCUUUUAUAAAUGCAAUCAAUAUUCAAUUUAAGUAUCUAUGAUAAUUUUCAUUUCAUUUGCCUGUAUAAUACAAGGUUAAGUUAAAAAUCUGUGCGAUACUAUAUAUAUAGUAUGCUGUUUGUAAUGAAUAACUGAAGCAGUUUAUAAAUGAAAUUAAAAUAUCAUUUCAUUUGCUAUGCAUUUUUAUUUAAAAAUCUAUUAUUAAAAUUAACUGAUCUAUUUAUGUAACCUGUAGAGAUAUAACCCCUAUUUUGAUAUGCUAAAGAAAACCCUUCCCAAGAUAAGUAGUUUUCUAUAUAAAUUCUUAGAUUUUAAGCUUGUAUUGUUCAAUUUUUUUAUAUAAAAGACACGAGGAACAGAAUAAAAGUGCUUGCAUCAAUUGAAUUUUUAAUUCUUUUAUUUCACGUUCUGCAUAGUUAUUAUAUUAUUAUUAUUAGUUCUGCAUUAAAUUGGUGAUUUUUAUGUUGUAAGAUUUACAAAAGUACCCAUUUGAAUGAAUAAUUUUUAUCUCAUGGACUUUUUAAUGUGAAAAAUGUGAUAAUGUGGUAUUAUAAUGCAUUGAUAAAUGUGAUAGUUUAGUAUUAUAAAUAGCAUUAUAUAAUGUGAGUAAAUUUUAACAUUAUUUUGAUAUAUGUACAUAUAUGUAAUUUUGUAAACAAUGCAUUAUUAUAAUAAUAAUUUCAAUAAUAAUGAACACUUAAAAAAUGUGCAGGGAAUAGACAUGGUUUUAUAUAAAAUAUAUUUUUAUUUCAAUUAUUAUUUUAUUGUGUUAUAUUCAAAGAGAUUUUUUACAUGAUUUAAUUAUUUUCUGGUUAUUUAUUACUUGAAAAGUAUUAAUGGAUGAUUUUUAAACUUUUAUCUAAAGUUUUAAAAACUUAAGAAGUCUUUUUCUCUUACAGUUUAAACUCUUUGUAACAUCUGUAAAUUAAAGAUGAGCAAUAAAAUUAAAUCUUGCAUGCUGU